CUAAUGUACCACUUAACCUUACUGUCAAUUUACUAUACAGAGAAUGUUAAGUCGACACCCCCCAAUGCUCCGCUGAUGAAUGCCUUGUGUGGAAGAAAAAGUGUGCUUUAUUAGUGGUGUUUUGCGUGAGGGUGGGAUUCUGUGGGCAUGAAACCGGGCGCCUGUAAAGCGGCAAGAAGAGCUCAAAAGCUAGGGCGCGUAAUGAAAGUUUCAUGCAUGGCGAUUACUUCCCCAGGGGACCUAAUAGCUCGCGCGUGUUCAACAGCACAGGCGCGAGGAGAACCCAGAGGGUCCGGCCUCUCGCUACACGCGCGUCUCCCGGACUUCAUCACUUCCGCAGCCGAACACACUCAUCACCCUCUCGAGUACUGUUCGCAAUGAACACACGAGAGCACUCCGUAAUUACGAACUCGUAAGGGCGAGGCUCACGCUAACAGAGACAUUUUCGAGGUUUGCGUUGAGUUAUUACACAAUCUUUUCUACUAAAGCAACAACGAACAGUAUGCCAGAACCGAGAACGCAGAAUUUAAGACUUCAGAAUAUGCCGUUUUAAAAUGUCAACAACUUGCUUGUAACAUCUGAGCCAAACUGGACUAAGGAUGCUUGGGUCUUGAGAAGUCGUAGUUGAAGUUGCAUUCGGACUUUUUUCCCCCCUUGUUCAGAGUGGAAAUGCCUUGUUGCUGAAAUACAAUUUGGCUGGAUCAAGUAUUAUAUAAUAUCAUUUUUGUCGGUGUAGUCUGCGUCAUGACUUCUAGCUAUGCGUCUGUAGUGGACAGACAAGCCACGCUGCCCGGUCGCACCGAGAGUCCGAUCAUUGCUAACCUGGAACAUUUACAGGCGAAAAAAAACUUCUCGGUAAGUCACCUGUUGGAUCUAGAGGAAGCGCGAGAGAUGGUGGGAACUCAGACGGAGGACAACACGGGGGAGUCGGGGCGGAAUAUGCUGGAGUCUCCCGGUUUGACAAGCGGCAGCGACACAGCACAACAAGAAAAUGAACGCUUGACUACGGAGGAGAAGAAGAAGAGGAAGCAGCGGAGGAACAGGACCACCUUCAACAGCAGCCAACUGCAGGCCCUGGAGCGCGUCUUCGAGCGCACACACUACCCCGACGCUUUUGUCCGGGAGGACCUGGCACGGCGAGUCAAUCUCACAGAAGCCCGAGUGCAGGUGUGGUUCCAGAACAGACGGGCGAAGUUCCGACGGAAUGAACGAGCCAUGCUAGCCAGUAAGAAUUCGUCUCUUCUCAAGUCGUUCUCCAGCGAUGUGAACGUGGAGCAGCCAAUGGUGCCUCGCCCCGCUCCCAGACCCAACGACUACAUGUCCUGGGGGUCCUCUGCCCCAUACAGUGCCAUGGCCACUUACCCGCCCACAUGUGCCAACACAACGACAACUCAGGGAAUGAACAUGGCCAACAGCAUUGCCAACUUGAGACUCAAAGCAAAGGAGUACAGCCUGAACCAGGUGCCCACUGUCAACUGACUGGACCCCACACCCCCUACCCCAACGCACACACACUUCCAGCUGGGAGCAUAUGGUUUCAGUUAGUCGACUGAGACUGCAGUCCUUAGGGGCACCCCAAUAAGCAUUCCAUCUCAAGGCCUAUUGCGCCAAGAAGACAGCAUAACAAAGACACGCCCAGCACCCAAAACAACACUAUUACCCAACGCAAAACCAAGCUUCUCUCAGGCCGAGAGAACUCCUUUCGCUUUUCAUCUUAAUAACAUCUGCUUAGUAGCGCUUCAGCUAGCUGAAGACAACAGCUCCGACUCUGUCAAAAGAAUAAGACUCUUCUGCUCCGCACUCAAACGGCAUAGCUCUAACUUCAGCCCAAAAACAACACUACCACCAUUACGAGAAGAUACAGAUACUCUGCAGAAUACGGAACCGGAGUACAGACUUUGUUUUGUAACGGAACACGAAGCGGAAAAUGGCUCCUAUCCGACUACUUCAGUGCACUUCGAGUGUUUCAUUCUUCUGCCACACUAUUUUAAAGUUCAUAAAGAAAAGGGAUCAAAAUACACUCAGCUCACAGGCUUUAUCACAUCACGAGUCUCUGAUGAUGAAGAGGCUAUGGACAUGUUCCUGCUAUGGUCCUCAGUCGUCUGGGGGACGCCCAUGGACUUCCAGAGGCUAGUAGCAUUGGAGUCUUGUGGCCUCUGGGGUUUAGCAUGGGACUGAGGGUGCAUGAAACCCAGGAGGUGCUUAUCUGAAGUGCCUCGGAAAGAACACUAGACUCGACUCCUGUUUGUCAUUUUUUAACCAUUGGAGCCUUUAACCAUUCAACCUUUUUCUUCAGUUAAUGCUCUAAAGUCAUAUUCCCUUUUGUAUAUUACCUGAUUAUAUCCAAACGUGUAAUAUUCAUUUGCAAUAAAAAAAGAUGUGGUUUAAAGCACAGUCGCAGGAUGGAUUCACCAGCUCAUGUUAAUGCUGCCUUUACUUUCAUCAUCCUCACUAUUGCAGGCAACGGCACCAACACAUUUCAGACUUUGACUUUGAAACACUAACACAGCUACUAAUACAUACGCACUUCAAAAAGGCAUUUUAGGAGAGAUAUAGGUGCCGGGUUCAGUGACUCACAAUUGUUCUUUUUUAAUUACCUUAAGCAUGACUGAAAUUAACCAGCACAGUCAAAACCACAAUUACAGGCCUACUACAACUUCAGAUACUCAUUUUAUUACAGGCACUCCAUCCAUCCCAAGUCAAUUAGUCACCUUUAACCAACAAGAAUAUAAAGAAAAUACAAAACAAAAUAACAGCGACAUUGGGCUGUAGGACAGCCUGACCAGAGAAACAAACAGCUGCAGAAUGUGCUGCUGGAAGAGCUUGUGGUUGAAGCUCCAGUUGGAAGUGUGGUGGAAGUGUGUGUCUAAUGUG